CUUCAAGGCAUCAAAGGCUUCAUGCUUUUUUCAUGAGACGUCAGAGUGACUGAAGCUCGAGGAUGUCCGCGUCCGCGAGCUUGAAGGAAUCAGACGGAGAUCGGGACAUGGAGCAGCGCAAAACCCAAGUGUCAAUCCACCCUUUCAGCGUCGAGUCUCUUAUAUCUAGCCACAAAACCAGUAAAGACUUUGAAAGACGGCGCGAGGAUGUAUCCAGCCAGUUUGCUAAGACUGAGAUCAGGGAUUCUUAUGGCUCGGCUGCAAUACAAAAGCACUUUAUGCAGACCUCACCCGUCAAAUCGGAGUCCCCCGAGCCGGAUGACUGCACACCAUGGGUUAUGAACCCUAGAUUCGCUCAAACACGCCAGGUAAGUGCCUGUCCUCUCCGCAAGCACAAGACCAACCGUAAACCCCGUACGCCAUUCACCACCUCACAGCUCCUGGCCUUGGAGCGAAAGUUCAGACAGAAACAGUACCUGUCCAUUGCCGAGCGAGCAGAAUUCUCCAGCUCCCUCACCCUCACAGAGACACAGGUGAAGAUCUGGUUCCAGAACCGACGGGCCAAGGCCAAGCGUUUGCAAGAGGCCGAGCUGGAAAAGUUCAAACUGACUGCCAAACCUGCCCUCCACCCCAAUUUCAGUUUGCCUCUUCCUCUUGGAACCCAACUUCAUUCGGCCGUCUCACUCUAUGGCCAGUCGUAUCCCUACCAGAGGCCUUUAUUGCCUGUUGCUCCAGUGGGACUCUAUAGAACACCUUUAGGGUACAGCAUGUAUCACCUCGCUUGAGAAGAAGUGCUACAGUAUGGACUAGUACUGAUCUGUGGAUGUACAGAAAGACAAUGUUUACAAACCUUGGGUGUCCAAGUCUGAAAAAAAGCAGCAACCAAAAAAUUUAAUUCACUAUUUCAUAAUGUGCCUUCACUCACGUCUUAAAAUACAUGAAAUAAAAAGCGGGACAUUUUACCUCACUUUCCACUGACUGAAAGAUCACAUUUUACCGUGUGGAUGGAUAAUGCUGUUGCCAAAUCUUUUGUGUAUAUUUGUGUCAUGCAUCUUUAUGUAAUAUAUUGUAAAACUAAUUAUUUUGUGUACAAAAUACUGAGUUUAAA